UCCGGCACAGUGGCGGUCGCGGCGUUUCACGGGGAGCCAUGGAAGCGACCGGCGCACCGUCGCCGGCCGCCACUGCGGCUGUGCGGCCACCGCAGAGCCCCUCGCCCCCUCUCCCCCGCCCCCAUCACCAGGAUGCCUCGGAGCGGCCGCCCCUCGCAUUGCCUCUGGUUUCGACUGGGGAGGGCGCCGCUGGUGCCUGAUGCCGCUGCUGGUCGACGGGCGCCGUGCCGCCAUCGUCCGCGCCUUGGGUAUUUCAGGCGAGGGCACAUCGGAAGCGAUGCCGGAGGCGGAGCUGCUGGGCGCCAACUGAACUGUAAGUGCCUGCCACUGCCAAACUGGUACGAAUUCAGUCCGUUGGCUGGCCGGACCAUCAGAGUGCUGUCCCGUACCAGCGCAAUUCCUCGCCUGAUUUUAGUGCCGAUGCACAAUGUGUGGAUGGGCGUCGCGGCAUGUCAGGGGGGCUGGGAUUUCUGACGGAUUAAAAAUCUGAGAGGGCCUGGCAAGAAUUCGGAUAGAGAGUGAAGUGUCGGGCACAGUGGGCGGCAGGCACAGGAUGAAAGAUUUCAUUUGCACUUGGGUUGGGCUGGGGAGCACGCCAGCAUGUGCUUGCUGAGUAGGUGCGCAUUCAUGCUUCUCUUCACCUUGACUUUCACCUUUAAGUUUUCCUCUGAAAUAUGUUGGGACUUUUGUGGUCUGCAAUGACAUGACCAGGAUAAAUCUGAAAACUUCUCCAUCAAAGCUUAUUGUAUAAUGUUGUUCGAAGUCGGCCAACAGAACCGUGAUCUGCAUCUAUUAUCUGAGACUCCACCCUCCCACCACAAAAAAGAAAAGAAAAAAGGUUGUCUUCGAAGGGGAGUUUAUUCAACUCUCGAAGAACAUAUUGUAUUUGACAUCACCACUUUGUCCUAAGAAAGCACCACACCUAACUGCACAAACAUAAUAUUCUGGAAUCUGGAGCACGAGGUUUUUUUUGCACGAAUUUGCGCGAGAGUCAUCUUAUUCUCUGCAAAAUUCAUGUGAAGUUCGUCCACUCUAUAUAGGUCCUAAAUGAAGUUUGUUCAAAUUCGGCUAAUAUAAUCGUGAUUUUUGUAUCAAUUAUUACUCCACCUGCCCACCAGAAAAAAAAGCAAAGGGUUAGUCUUCGCAGUGGACCUUAUCCUACAGAAAGGACCAAACCUAACUAUUUAUUCGAAUCAGUUCAGAAGAUCUUGAAAUCAUUGGUUUUGAUGCACUUUUCUGUUUCUGCCCAAACAUAUUCUGGAAUCUGGAACACGAGGUUUUGUUGUGGAAUUUCUGCGGGCGUCAAAUUAUUCUCAGCAAAGUUGAUGUGAAGUUUCUGCACUCUAUUUAGGCCCUAAAUGUUGGAAAUGUAGGCCGAAAACACACGCAAAGCUACUUACCUUUGAGAACAAAGCUAAUAUUCUACUGCUUUUCACCUAGCAUCUUCUGCUACAGGUCUGGUAACUUUACCAUUAAAGAAUAUCUAAUCAUGAUCACCUCUUUGCUGCUACAGCCUCCAUCAACUUUGGCUAGCUUUCAUUGCUUUAUUUUCUAUUAUCUUGUUAGCGCAUUCAUUUUAUAAAACUGAGCAUAUUUUUCAUGUCUUGUGCUAUUUCCUUUGAGGAACGCACUUCAUUUACCUCUCUUUGAUAUGCCUCUAGCUUUCACAGAGAGCUGAUUUUUAUUUGAUAACUCUGGUGGCCAGAUAUCUCUGGGAAUGGCAACUUUUUUGCUAUCUGCAGGUCCGCAUCCUUCCUUUAUAAAGGGAACUAUCCUGUAAUAUUAGUAAAUGUAACCAAGUUCCACUUCCAUUGCCAGACAGAAAUUAUAUGCUAUGCAAUGGGAAUGCUGAAUGAAAUUGCUCGCAGCUGUUUUUUUUACAUAAUUUAUAUGUUUUCUUUAAUGCAACACAAAUGCAUGCUGUAGCUUUUAGCUACAACCAAAGUGAUACUGAGCUGAUACGUGUGGAAGUACGCAACUGACACUUGUGGCAAUGGAGAUUUACUUUUAGAAUCUUGAGGAGGAUACAUGGUGGAUCACCCGAAGCAACUUUAACAGGUUGAGAAGACUCAAGAGGAUACCAUGAGGGAGACCACUGUGUCAUCUCUUGUGUUACCUCACCGGAGUGCUUUAGAACCGAUCAGUUUUAGACCUAAGUAUUGUAAAACUUAAAUUGUGCUAUGUGUUUGCUGAUGCUCCGUUAUUCAUUUCUAAGAACAGAUAACUCUGUAUAUGUUAAUUUGAUACAUCCUUUGCAUGAACGAUACUUGGAAAACUGACUGGUGCCCUAGUCCACACUCCAAUGGCAAGAAGUGCAUGAUACAAUAUUUCAAGAAUAUUAACAAAAUUCAUGGAUGUAAAUGUAAUACAUAAAAAUGCUAAAGUUUGAUGUCAAAUUCAUCCUGAUAUCAAGGACCAGAAAAGGCAGUCAUUCUUACACUCUUCAUUUCCGCCAAGACUGUCAACUUGUGUUUCUUGUAUCUUGAAUAUUUGAUGUCAGGAACGAAUAUGAUACUGAUCCUCUGGAAUUUUGAAACAUUGUAUCGUGAUACUUUAUGGGACUUUCACAACAACGACGUGAUCCCCACUGGACAAAAAAUGCUUAUUCCUUACAUUUUCGUGGGGCUGAUUGGUGUUUUACUUUUGGCACAAAACUUGUAUUUGUCAUUGUUAAAGAAUUAAAAGAGAAUGAUUUUUCAAGUGCUUACGUUUGGGAUCUCUCAGGCAAUGUGCUUUAUAUACUUGGCCUGGCGCCUUUCAAGAGCAGACCCAUGUGGCUUAAAUACUAAGCGGUUCCUUUUUCAGCUGCUUUGAUUUAAAUAAUGCAGUUGAACGACAAAUAGUGAAAUUCUUCUUAUUGCAGAAAACAUAUGUUAUAUUAUUUUGGCACUCAUGAUUUGAUAUGAUCCCACCAGAUGUAGAAUAGGCAAAUUUAGUGGAACGGUGAUGUUUUAUGUAUUAGCUAGGGCUAGCUGCAACAAGGUAGCAGAAAGCUUUAUGGUUGGCACAUUUGUUGGGUGCAACAAACUUUUGUUAUCAUCAGACUGGAGACAUCACAUAGUGGGUAGUGUCAUUAUUUUUUUAAAGAUGAGGUUCUGGCCACAUAUACAGUCUUCUGCCAUCAUUCUGCUUAGUGCAGGUACAUAAUGAUUUGAAUGAUGCACUAGUUCGUAAUUAUGCUUCUUAUUAUUCAAACUUUUACAAUUUACUCAUGUUGGGAAAUAUUUUUUAUUCUGAAAGUUUUGUAUAUGUGCUCUAACAUGGUGGGAAGUGUAAGCUUUUUUAUUCUAUCUAACAGUAAUCAGGUAUUCUUUUCCUCGUUAAAUUCUCACUUAUGUUGUUGUUGUAUGCUGCGACUGUGGGCCUUUGUCUGUUUUACUCUCUACAUCAUGGCAUGACAUCUAAUCAACACAAAAUUUUGUGCGUGAUAUAUGUUCCAUCGCAUCUUAAAACGAGUGUAAACCGCAUUGUAUGCUGGGUAUGUUGAAACAGCAAGCUAGUAGGGGUCAAGGUUAACUUUAUGUAUCUUGGAUACUCAUCUACAGUUUUGGUUAGUGAUUACUUCACUCAUGUGUGUUAAUUGUUGUCAGUACUCUAUUUGACAUGAUGCUAUUAAGGAGCGCCUAUGCCAUGAUUGGGGAUUAAAGCCAGGUCUAACAGCUGCGAACUCCAUGUUCCCACCACCCCAACUGACAAGGGUACCAUACUGGCAGUAACUAAUAUAUGUUGACUAAAUAUUAAUUAUUUUCGAAAAUCUAGUCAUUAUAUAAGUCUGAUUUAUAAUUUACUGUACUGGUUUACUCACAUUUUUUGUUAGGUUAUAGUUUCCCUCUAGAACAUUGCUUGGCUGUUGAGUAUUUAUACAUUUGCACUCCCGUAAUGUAUGAUUGUAUAUAGUUUCUAGCUAGCCAGUUUUCUUACCUCUGUUAUCUUCGAAUUCAGGGAUAUAUACUACGACAGUGUGACAAAAGUUGAAUAUUUUUAUUGCAUCAUGACAUCACACAAAUUUUGCGCGUGCAAUCAAGAAAGAAGAAAGUACUAGCCUACCUUUAAAGAUAUUUGGAUUGUAUAAUCCAAGGAGACUGCACAGAAACAUGUGUUUUCAAAAGUCUUGGUCCUAUAAACAUCCUAGUUACUAACAUGUGUUCAGAAGACGGAACAACUUCACUUGUUCCCUGCUUUUUUGCAUGGCUGCUGCAUGCAUUUGUGAUGGGCGUCUUUCCUUCCUUAAUCUCUGGGACAUGUAUCCCUAGAUCCUCAGGCUCUUGUGCAUAUCUGUUAUUGAGAAAUCAAACAUACAUUGUACAGAUCCGCUUUGCCGCCCUUGCAACUCCAGUCAGUGCUUUUCUUGCAUUUUUUCCUCCCUUCUUUUUGGGAGAUGGACAUCUAGUCAGUUAUCACAAGAAAGUGCUCUGCUAAUGCCAACUUCAUGCACCACCCUUGUCUUUAAAAGGCAAGGUAAUGAACACGGUCUAGUCCAAUAGCACUACUAGUUUGUGAUGGACACCAGUACUCCUUCAAAGUCUGGGACGAGCUUCCUCAAAACUUGCUUCAAUGGAGUUAACGCCCUCUCAGGGGUUGGGAUAUUAUCGAUUCCUUAUGCAUUGUCUCAAGGAGGAUGGCUGAGCGUACUUAUGUUCACAACUAUAGCAGUUAUCUGCUUCUACACUGGGAUUCUCCUACAGAGAUGCAUAGAUUCAAGCUCACUUGUUAAGACCUAUCCUGAUAUAGGUGAACUGGCUUUUGGCCGGAAAGGAAGAAUCAUAGUAGCAAUAUUCAUGUACCUGGAGCUGUACCUUGUGGCAAUCGAUUUCAUGAUACUGGAAGGUGAUAACUUGGAGAAAUUAUUUCCAAGUGUCGACUUCCAUGUUGCUGGACUCAAGAUUGGAGGCAAGCAAGGGUUUGUUCUGAUUUUCAGUCUGUUGGUUUUGCCAACGACAUGGUUUCGGAGCUUAAGUGCGCUUGCGUACGUCUCUGUUGGAGGAAUCAUGGCCUCCGUUAUUCUCAUCGCUGCUGUUAUCUGGGUAGGAGCAUUUGAUGGUGUUGGCUUCCACGAGAGAGGCGUGCUUGUCCACUGGGCUGGUAUUCCAACUGCCAUGAGCUUAUACUCAUUCUGUUUCAGCGGUCAUGCUGUUUUCCCCAUGAUAUACACUGGAAUGAGCAACAGAAAAAUGUUCCCAACAGUUCUGCUCCUCUGCUUCAUCAUCUGCACUCUCAGCUACGGACUGAUGGGCGUCGUCGGGUACCUGAUGUACGGCGAGUCACUGAAGUCCCAGGUGACGCUGAACCUACCGUCGAGGAACCUGAGCUCCAGCAUCGCCAUCUACACCACGCUGAUCAACCCGUUCACCAAGUUCGCGCUGCUGGUCACCCCGAUAGCGGAGGCGAUCGAGGACACCCUCCACGUCGGCAAGAACAAGGCCGUCAGCGUCUCCAUCAGGACCUCGCUGGUCGUCAGCACGACCAUCGUGGCGCUCGUCGUGCCCUACUUCGCCUACGCGGUCGCGCUCACCGGCUCGUUCCUGAGCGGCACCGCCACGAUGCUGCUGCCGUGCAUCUGCUACCUGAAGAUCAGGUCCAGGACCUGCAGGAAGGUCGGGUUCGAGCAGGUGGUGUGCGUGGGCAUCAUCGUCGUCGGGGUAGGGCUUGUGGUCGUGGGCACCUCCAGCUCACUGAAGCAGAUCAUCCAGAGCUUGUGAAAUGCUUGAUGAGCAUGGAUGUGGAUGAACAACCAUAUGCAGUGGAGCCUGUUCUAGUACGGCGCAAUCAUGCUUGUACUCUGUAGUCUGUACCUAUGUCCUGGCAAGAUGUACUGUAGAUAGGAAUUUAGCUUACAUAAGAAUGGAUAGGAAUAAUCCCUAAGAUGUCGUAGUAUUAAGACUUACUUCAGAAGAAACUGCUUGUACCUAUCAUGUUAUAAACAUUAUUCAAAUGUAUGUAUAGCCUGAUGUCUAGCUAGUGGUUGCUACUUGCUAAUGAUGAUGAUCAGCAGAGUCUCA